GUCUCUGCGUCGGGGCCGCGCCCGCCUCCCGGCGGUCACCGGAGAAGCAGGAAGGACUCGCGGAGCCGGGUGCGGCGCGGGGCUCCGAGUCCGGCUCUCGCUGCCCGCCGCCGCCGCCAUGGCCUCGCUCUUCAAGAAGAAGACGGUGGAUGAUGUAAUAAAGGAACAGAAUCGAGAGUUAAGAGGUACACAGAGGACUAUAACCAGAGAUCGAGCAGCCUUGGAGAAACAGGAAAAACAGCUGGAACUGGAAAUAAAGAAAAUGGCAAAGACUGGUAACAAAGAAGCCUGCAAGGUUCUAGCAAAACAGCUGGUGCAACUGCGAAAACAGAAAACUCGAACCUAUGCUGUUAGUUCAAAAGUCACCUCCAUGUCAACUCAAACGAAAGUGAUGAAUUCCCAGAUGAAGAUGGCAGGAGCUAUGUCAACCACAGCAAAAACAAUGCAAUCUGUUAACAAGAAGAUGGACCCUCAAAAGACAUUACAAACUAUGCAGAAUUUCCAGAAGGAAAACAUGAAGAUGGAAAUGACUGAGGAAAUGAUUAAUGAUACCUUGGAUGAUAUCUUUGAGGGCUCUGAUGAAGAAGAAGAAAGCCAGGAUAUUGUGAACCAAGUGCUUGAUGAAAUUGGAAUUGAAAUCUCAGGAAAGAUGGCCAAAGCACCAUCUGCUGCCAGAGGCUUACCAUCUGCAUCAGCAUCAAAAACUACCACCAUUUCAGAUGAAGAGAUUGAACGGCAGCUCAAAGCUUUGGGAGUAGAUUAGCCUGAUGACAAUAUACAGCCUGCCUUCUAACAAUUAUUCAACUACAGACAGAUGUAAAAUGUACACAUUUUCAAUACAACUAAUGUACUUUGGUUUAAAAGGAGAACGGAAGGCUUCAGAAAUAAGCUGAUUCAUGCCAAAAAAAAAGCUUAUUUCUUGCCAGAGAACCAUUAUCAGUGGCACUGAAUUCCUGAAAUUGUUUGAAAAACUGCUUUAUCAGAUGACAUGAAUAGAUAACUUGCAUGUGGGAUUCUUUUGAACACCAGAUUGAGAUCUAGGAUAAACGAGUACAUCCAUUUACACCAGGUUUAAAUUUGGGUUGUGUUGCAUUCAAUGUUUAUCCCCACAACUUAGUUGCUUGAGCAGCACUGGCGUUUUUUAAUUUGCAAAAUGUUGGCUGGCGAGCAGACUUGGAAAAAUAACAAUUAUAAUAUAAGAUCUUCAUCUGUUUAGCUUUUUUGAAAUUGUCAUCCUAUGAUUGUUGACAGCAUUUCUCUGGAUAAUAUUUGGAGUGUUUAUAAAAUCACUACACAUGGAAAGUUCUUAGAAUAUUUUAUGAUCUUGUCUUUACACUUGCUUUCAGUUUGAAAAGGGAUAACCUUUUUCUUUUGGUGAGAGAGAACCUUGACACUAGUAAGUGUAGGCAAUUAUAGCUUUGUUUUUCCGUUGUCUUUAGUAAAUUUGAGUUGAUUCAUUCUUAGACAAUUUUACUACUUACUGAAGGGUAUGGGUGCAAUCCAGCUCUUAGUGACUUCAGUGGAAGAGGCUUGAACUAAAUAUUUUUAGUGAAUAUUUUGCAUGAAAGGCACUGAAUAAACUGUAUUGUACUGUAACAUA